CUCUCGCAGCAAGGCAACGAUAAUUAGAAGAAGGGCAAAAGCAAGAGAUCGAUGGAGGCUGCUGCAUCGUAUCGCUCUCGUCGUGUCCUGGCAGAAAUCGACCCCCACAGCGAUUGGGUUCAUGGUGAUGAGUUCGACACGCUCAUCGUCGACGUCUCAGGAUUCACCAAGAACCAGCUGAAGGUGCAGGUGGAGCCGUCAGGGAGCCUGAGGAUCAGCGGCGAGCGCGCCGUCAAUGGCGGCCGGCAGUGGUCUCACUUCCUCAAGCGGUUCGACCUCCCGGCCACCUGCGACGCCGGGGCGAUCAAGGUUCAGCUCGACAAGGGGAUGCUCUACGUCCAGGUGCCCCGUGCCAGCGCCGCCGCGGACGACGAUGACAGCGAGGACUACCCCGAGGACACGCUGCCAGAAGAGGGACAUGCCGGCGCCUACUGGAGCGGCGGCCACACAGCAGCGUGGCGAGACGACGCGCACCCGGGGUCGAGGUUGGCCAAGAACCUGGGCAAGCACCGAUAUGUCAUCCUCAACGUCGUGCUCGCCGUCGUGCUGCUCUGGCUCAUUGCGUUCGCCCAGAGCAGACAGAUCAAGAGCGAAUGAGGCAAGCGAAAACCUAUGCUGUAAUCCUGAAUUCCUGAUAUGCACACAGUCACACACACGUACUGCGGUACGGUCUUACAACAUAGCACAUCCAGGGGCGGAGCUGCAUGGUGUGACCCUGAUGCACAUGCAUCAGGGUAAAGAAUUUUUUUAGCACUAAUUGUUAGCUUAAUGAAGUAAAUGCAUCAGGUUAGACUAACAAAAGUGCAUCAUGAGGGCAUAAUUUCAGCUAGGAAGGUUGAACAUGCAUCAGGGAUACUUCACCUCCAGCUCCGCCCCUGAGCACAUCGAUGUAAUUAUCAAGUUAGGUGAUUUAUCAGAAUAAGAUCCCUGUAAAUAGGCAUAAAUGGGAGUUUCGGACUGUUCAAAUCCAAGUCUCAAGAUGUGAAUCACUCAUUU